AGAGGCUCUGAAAAACCCUUCCAAUAGCCAGCCCCUUACUUCUACUUCAGUCGCUGGUGUUGAUGACUUCAUAGGGUUCGAGGCGGGGGUUUAACAUCCCAUUCCCAAUUUUCUAACACCGCGGCUCUCUCUCUCGAGGCUGGUCACUUUUUCAGCGUGAAUGAGUAAUCAUUCUUUUUGGGGUUUCUGAAUCUUCUCUACCAUGUUUAGAUCACCUACAAUGUCUUUUCUGGUUCGCCGGUUAACUCAGCUUGGAGAGGUACGGGUCCGAUAUUUUAACAGCUCCAAUUACAGCAACAUGUCGUUUCCAUCUCAGAAAUCUCACCUACGCCCUACAACAACUACCGAGACAUCAUUUCAGGAUGAAUGCAACGGCCAACCUAUGCGUCCGGAGAAGAAUGCUGGGGGCGUAGAGCGUCGAAUUGGGGAGAAUGUUUCAAGGAAGGAUAAAGUCAAUUUUCUUGUAAAUACACUUCUUGAUAUCAAGGAUAGUAAGGAAGCUGUUUAUGGUGCGUUAGAUGCAUGGGUUGCAUGGGAGCAAAACUUUCCUAUUGUAUCAAUCAAGAGGGCAUUGCUUGCUCUUGAAAAGGAACAGCAGUGGCAUAGAGUUGUUCAGGUAAUUAAAUGGAUGCUAAGCAAGGGUCAGGGAACUACAAUGGGAACAUACGGGCAACUCAUACGGGCUUUAGAUAUGGACCACAGAGCAGAAGAAGCGCACAAGGUUUGGGAGCGGAAAAUUGGGAUGGAUCUACAUUCAGUUCCUUGGCAGUUAUGCAGACAAAUGAUAUCUAUAUACUAUCGAAACAACAUGCUGAAGAGUCUUGUAAAGCUCUUCAAGGACUUGGAAGCUUUUGAUCGGAAACCUCCGGAGAAGUCAAUAGUGCAGAGAGUGGCGGACGCAUAUGAGAUGUUGGGCUUACUUGAAGAAAAAGAGAGGGUGCUGGAGAAGUACAAUGACCUUUUCACUGGAAAUGAAUCCCCCGUGAAACAUAAGAAAGCUCCAUCUAAGAGAAAGAAGAAAUGAGGCUAAUGCCUCAUACGUCAUGUUUAAUGAUAAUUUAUCAGUUCAUUUCUUAUGACAAUGAAACUCUACUGUAAAUUUUUUGAGGACUGACAAAAUGAAAACGUACUUUACAAAUAGACAAAAUGAACUGUUUAUUCA